CUGCGGUGGACACAAACGGACUAGGAUGCAAAGUGCCAUGUUCCUGGCCGUCCAGCACGACUGCGUACCCAUGGACAAGAGCGCAGGCAGCGGCCCCAAGGGCGAGGAGAAGCGGGAGAAGAUGAAGCGGACGCUCUUAAAAGAUUGGAAGACCCGUUUGAGCUACUUCUUGCAAAAUUCUUCCACUGCUGGGAAGCCCAAAGCUACCAAGAAAAGCAAACAGCAAACUUUUAUCAAACCUUCUCCUGAGGAAGCACUGCUGUGGUCCGAAGCCUUCGACGAGCUGCUAGCCAGUAAAUAUGGGCUUGCUGCAUUCAGGGCAUUUUUAAAAUCUGAGUUCUGUGAAGAAAAUAUUGAAUUCUGGUUGGCUUGUGAAGACUUCAAAAAAACCAAAUCCCCCCAAAAGCUAUCCUCAAAAGCAAGGAAAAUAUAUACUGACUUCAUAGAAAAAGAAGCUCCAAAAGAGAUAAACAUAGACUUUCAAACCAAAACACUGAUUGCCCAAAAUAUACAAGAGGCUACAAGUGGCUGCUUUACAACUGCUCAGAAGAGGGUGUACAGCUUGAUGGAGAACAACUCUUACCCACGUUUCUUGGAGUCAGAAUUUUACCAGGACUUGUGUAAAAAACCACAGAUCACCACAGAGCCCCAUGCUACAUGAGACGCAAGGGGGAGCCCCAAAAUAAGAGGACAUUUUAUUCUCUCUCCUAAGAUGGAAGGCUGUGACCUGCCAAAAGACUGACCUUGAAUUCAGCCUGGGUGUUCAGGAAACAUCACUCAGAACUAUUGAUUCAAAGUUGGGUAGCAAAUCAGGAAGCCAAAACCAGAAGCUUUGAGAACAGCUUCUCUUGCUGUGUGAAGGACAUAGCGAGGGAACAGUGGUCUGAAUGUGCUGUCCCUCCAUAGAAAAGCAGGAGCAAGGUGAAAGAUACAGUGUAAUAUUGUUGGUCCAAACAUCUUUAAAAUCAAUAGGUCUGGGAUUAUGUGGCCUAGCUAGCUGGCUGUACAUCUUUCCCCGAAUCAAUCCAUGUCACCACAUAGUGGUUUUAGCUCUAGUUUUAGUUUUUCAGUACUAAGUAACAUUCACAUGUUUACUGUGUGCAAGGUGUUAAAGUUCUUAGGACUACAGGUCAUUAGUACUAUUGUAUGGUGUAUCCCUGAAACUAAAAAGGUGUGUUUGAACUGUUAAAGGUGUAUGGAUUGGAAUGAGUGCUACUGUGUAGAAAACUAAUGUGCGUUACGAGUGCCAAAAACUGUCUUGCAGGCAGCUAAACUUUGAAGUGGUCUUUGCAUACUUUUAAUAAAUUUAUUUUGGUAAAAUAAUGUCAUUGAA